AUGGCCUCUGAUCACCAACCGUUUGAUCAAAUGCCAGUAGUUCUUUCAAAGUAUUCCAAAAGGGUGCUUUUGAAAACGAUACUGGAUCGUGCAGAUGGAGGUUUGGGGUUGGUUGAGCAGCGAGUUGUGGUUGGAGGAUGGGUUAAGUCUUCAAGAGAAAUGAGGAAAAAUCCGCCUCCUCCUCCCACCACCACGCAGCCGCCAGUGGGCGGGGGUGGUGGUGAUGCCAAGGAGGAUGCUGGAGGUAAAGAUGUGAAAUGUGUUGAGGUUUUUCAAUCGCGGAUUCCUUUCCUUCGAACGAUUAUAAAAGUCUUUGGCGGAAAUACUGCUCAUACCAAGGAAAAACUGGAAUCGAUCGUGCCAAAACCACAACCUCCUAUGAUCUCAUUUUUGCAAAUUAGUGAUGGUUCUUCUGUGACCAGCCUUCAGAUCAUGGUGGAUUCUUCCAUAGCUCCUCCAAGCCUGCUCAUGCCUACUGGAACUUGUAUACUAGCUGAGGGCAUUUUGCAGAAGUCUUCAUUGCAGGGGAAACGCAUUAUGGAGCUCAAAGCUGAGAAAUUGUUGCAUAUUGGGAUAGUUGAUCAGGACCGGUAUCCUUUGUCAAAGAAAAGUUUACCCCUGGCUAGCUUGAGACACUGUGCUCACUUUAGACCUCGAACAACUACCGUGGCAUCGAUUAUGAGGGUACGUAAUGUGUUGACUCAGGCCAGUCAUGCCUUCUUUCAAAACCAAGGUUUUGUUCAUGUGGAAGUUCCCAUUUUAACUGCCAUGGAUACCGAUGGAUUUUCUGAGAAAUUCCAAGUUUCAACUUCAAGCGUUUCCGCUAAAGAACCGAAAAGGGAAGAGCCCGUUUCAAUGGACGACACAGCGAAUGUUAGCCUCGAGACCAUAAAGCUUUCGAUUGUUGAGAAAAGCAAGAAAGUUGAAGAGCUUAAAAGAAGUGAUAGCAACAAAGAAGCACUUGCUGCAGCUGUUCAUGAUCUUCAGAAAACAAAUGCAUUGGCUGCAGAACUAGAAGCAAGAUCGAAAUCGAAAUCAAAACCGAAACCGAAAUCAAAAUCAAAAUCAAAGUCUUCCGAGUUCUUUUCUAACGAAGCUUUUCUUGCUAGCUCCGGAACUCUUCAUCUGGAGAGUUGUGCAUCGGCUCUUGGAAAUGUUUAUGCAUUCGGACCCCGUUUUCAAGCAGAUAAAUCAGAAUCCAAGAAAUCUUUAGCGGAAAGUUGGAUGAUUGAAACCGAGAUAGCAUUCUCAGAACUUGAGGAUGUGAUGAGUUGUGCUGAAGACUUUCUGAAGUUCGUAUUCGAUUAUGCUUCGGAAAACUGUUACGAAAAUCUUUACUUUCUUUCGAAAAGAGUUGACAAAACCAUUAUCGAUCGCCUUCGAUCAAUGGCAUCGACACCAUUUGAAAAGAUUUCUUACACAACAGCAGUAGAAGUUUUAGACAAGGUUGUAGACAAAACCUUUGAAACCAAGAUCCGAUGGGGUGUGGCUUUGACCGAAGAACACGAAAGUUAUUUGGUCAAUGAGUUCUAUAAGAAGCCGGUUAUUAUCUAUGAUCAUCCUAAAGAACUAAAGCCAUUCCAUGUGCGUUUAAAUGAUGAUGGGAAGACGGUUGCAGCCUUCGAUGUGAUUGUACCAAAGGUCGGAGUUCUGAUCCAGGGCAGCCAGAAGGAGGAACGGUCGAACCAUUUAAGUAACAGGAUCAACGAACUUGGAUUGCAAAAAGAACAAUAUGAAUGGUAUUUAGAUCUUCGCAAGCAGGGAACCGUGAAGCACUCGGGGUUCAGCGUUACAUUUGAUGUUAUGGUUCUUUUUGCCACCGGUCUCAACGAUAUCCAAGAUGCAGUCCCCUUCCCCCGUAAUCAUGGAAAACUCCAUAACUAAUCAAGUUCGAAGAUUACAAUCAUUUGGAAUCAUGUUCAUGAAACUGCAUUCCUGAAUCUUUUAUGUUUAUAACAAAUACUUGUAAAAAGUUUAGUGUGAAAUAAAAUUAUGGUAUCAUUUGUUUGCU